AUGUUGGAGACGGAUGGCGAACUCUUAACGGGGCACGGCUGUUUCGGCUGGUACCUGUGUGAGAGGUUGGGAAGGGAGCCGACGACAGCGUGCCAUCAUUGCGAUGGAGGAGCCGUGGACACGGCGCAACACACGCGCGAAGAGUGCCCUGCGUGGGCGGAGCCUCGCGCUAUCCUGUCCUCGGCCAUAGGAGGAGACCUCUCGUUGCCGGCGCUAAUACGCCGCAUGCUCAGCAGUGAGGAAGCGUGGGCGGCAGUGGCCUCCUUUAGCGUCACCGUCCUGUCGCAAAAGGAGGCUGCAGAGAGAAUGCGCGAGGACGAUGCGAAUUCGCUCCCUCAGCGCCGUAGGAGGCCAGGUCGGCGUCUAAGGGCAUACGCAGCCCGAAUGAUACCGCCUUAA